AUGACACAUGCAUCUAAAGAUUUAGAGGAUAUUCCUGGUUCAAAUUUUAACCUUGUCCCUUCCGUGUCCAGAGAGCUGGCUUUAAAAAUAUUGCAGCAAGUUGAUAAAAUGGUUUCACCGAAGAAGAAAUCACCAAGUAAGUUAUCACCAUCUAUGCUACGAGGCCCAGCUCUCAAGAGCCUCCAGGCGUCAAAGUUCUUGGAUGAUCUUUCUGAGAAGAAGGAAAAUUUGCCAAGUUCUAGUCAUCAAAAGCCGGAAAAAAUUAAAGAGAAUGGCGUCAGAGAGUUUUUGCCUCUGAGUCAGAAGACUUGUGUUGCUGCAGAUGACACAAGCAAAGCAGGUUUCAGUAAAGAUCACGAGACUUGUGUUAAUGGUGCUUAUUCGCCUCUCACAAGUUCUGUGGAAGAGCAUCCUCCAAAAAGACAAGCAUUUCGAAUGAUAGCGGAUGAGGAUUUAUUGGAGUUGGGUGGUGAUCAUAGUGAGCCAUCUACUUCAUUUGAAGUGGCAGAAAAACAGAAAGCCUUGGAAGUGAAGAAAGGUGUUAAUAUCAGCAUGCCUAGAGGGGAGAAACCACUUACUUCUUCUGAGGUCAUGGCCUCUACGUCAUAUAUUCCUAAUGGUGACGUAUCUCACAGUACUUUUAAUGGAUCUCUGGAAACUGGAAGAAGCCAAUUUUCUGGUUUACCCAUUGAAGCGGUUCAGCCAUCUGAACCAACUCCAAAUUUCAUCCAAGGGACUGAGAUAUCAGCCAAACUGACCUCAGAAGGGGGAGAUAUCUCUCAGGAAGAGCAUACAAAAGCUGCUGCUGUGUUUCCCAGCACCUUCUCGUCACCACCGGCGUCCACAGACACAAUGAACAUGGAAGACAGUUUGGCAGAAGACACAGAGCAAGCAAAUAAAACAUCCAUGGCACAACAACAACCAAUCUUUGGACAACAACAACAUGUGUCAAUGCCUCAUCCAAGCUUUUCCUUUGGCGGCGCACCAGCAGCAACGCCGCCUCCACCAAUGGCUAACCCGUUCCAGUUUGGAGUCCAACCUAUUGCAAGCACACAACAUAACGAAUCACCUUCCCAAGCUGGUGGGAGAUUCUCACUGGGCAGCACUGGAGGCGGUGACAAGUCAAGCCACAUAAGAAACUUCAAAGCCAAGAAAACCAACAGAAGAAGGAGAUAA